AGAUGCACCAUCUUUGGAUUAUUGAAAAAUCUAUAAAGGAGAUAGUAGAGAACUCAAUUAUGGAUAAGUAGAGAAAUGGGAGAGGAAACAUGGGAUACAAUAGAAAAAUUAUUAAGUGAUUAAAACAUUAAAAAAAGGAGAUUUUGAGAAAUAUUGGGAUAAAUUUUUACAUUAAGUUAACCCGCUACCAAAUAUUUUGAUUAAAUUAUUAUUCUGAGUAAAAACAUCUAUAUCCAGACCAUAACACCAAUAAUAGAG